GACUUUUGCACGAUAUUCUAAUUUUCCGAGUUUCACCUGUAUAUUGUAGAGUACCCAAACCAUCUAUCAUCAGUUUAUUUCUUGGAAUCCUGUGAGGUUGUAAUCAAAAGGUUUGAAUAAUAGAAAUGCCUUUUUUUCAGUUUCUAAGACUUUGAAUUCUGCUGUUGAUUUGUCAUAUUCAUGUCUCUUAGGUGCUGCACUUUUUAAAUCCCAAAGACAAACUUUGUUGUGGAUUCUCUUUAUUUAGCAGGGGGAGAGAAACUGGCUCUAUCCACCCCCAGCACAGUUUCUCCAGUGACUAUCUUGUGACUAUCAGUGACUAUCUGGUCUAUCUUGUGUUUCUUUUUUGGUUGUGAGCCCUUUGGGGACAAGGAUCCAUCUUACUUGUUUGUUAUUUCUCUGUGUAAAUGCCCUGAGCCAUUUUUGGAAGGGCGGUAUAGAAAUUGAAUGAAUGAAUAAAUAUAAUUAGUAGUUCUGACUAACAUUUAUCUUUGACCUAGGUCCUUUUUUUGAAUAGUGUUUUUUAAAAAUCAGAUUUUUUCAUUUAAAUCAGAUUUUAAUUUUAAACAGUCCUUGAUGGUUAUCAACCCUGCUUUAGUAAGCAUCUAAAAUAUGAGGAUGAUAUAUCAGAGUCAGACAUCAAAUUAUUUGCUUUUAUGCUCAGUGGGAGGAACCCUCAUUACAGUUGGAAAUGGUUCUGAUGGUGGUUAACAGAAUGCACAUAUAUUCUAGCUCUGAGAAUUCUGAAAAAUGGUCUGUGAAGCUUAAAUUGUAGUGUUGCUCCUUCAUGGUUGCAGGUAGUUGCUCCUUUAAAUACAUAGGCAAUGCUCUGUGUGAAUUGCUUGGAAACAGCAGAAAGAAACAGAUGCCUUUAAAACUGUUUGCAGAGCUAUUACUGGAACUCUCCUGGUGGCCAUUAACAAGUCAGUAGUGAUACCUAUCUUGGAAUGGUUGACAUAAAAUCAGAAUCUGCAAUAAAUGUGAACUUAAUGAAAAGAUUGUUUGGGCAGAGGAUAAAUUGACAGUCUAUUAGAGUGAGUCUGAAUUGAACCAGUUUCAUGCAGAUGGCUAAAUAUAGUUAGUAAAGGCAAGAACAUCUGUACCUAUAUACAGUGGGUAUAGGAAAGAAUCACCCCCUUUGAUAGACCUUAAAUUCUGGUUCCCUUACAUCCUGAAAUGAAAACACAAAGAAAAUUCCCUUCACCAGCUGUACUUAUCCAAUGCAACCUAUAACAUCCAACUGAAAAACAUCACAAUUACAGUCCAGAAAAAGUGUCAGAAAUAAAAAACAAGAAUUACUGAGAUUGAAAAAGGAUCACCCCCCCAAUGUCAAUAUUUUGUUGAACCACCUUUUGCUUUAAUAACAGCCUUGAGUCUGUUGGGAUACUUCUCUAUCAACCUUGCACAUCUAGACGGAGCAAUAUUUGCCCACUCCUCCAUACAGAACUGUUUUCUUUGUGUUUUCAUUUCAGGAUGCAAGGGGACCAGAAUUUAAGGUCUAUCAAAGGGGGUGAUUCUUUCCUAUACCCACUGUACUUCAACAUUCUCUCUCAGCUUACUUUCCCCCUGUAACCUACUUCUAGGAAGCUGAGCAUAGUUUUGUUUCCAGUAUGUAUUAUUUGUAUAUCACUACUUCUGAAUCACACUGACAUUUCUAAAUUUUGUUUUCACCCCUUCAUCUUGAUUUUGCUAUGUUUACACUUGGAAAUGUUGACAACAAAACUGUAAUGAUCCAUAACUAGUAUGAUGUUGGUUUGGUUUUUAGGUUGUUUAAAACAAACAACGUUUGCCAUCCCUUCUCCUAACACUUUAUCAUCACCUUUAAAUCAUAGUUUUAAUUGAGCAAGGACCCUCUUUGUGACAGUUUGGACUCUAGCCACCCACUUCUGCUUCUUCAUAGGCACCUACAUCACUAUCAAAGUAAUCACCUUAUUGUGUGGUUGUAGACUGAGCAGAAAAUAUAAAUGUGUAUUUGUAUGUUUGUAGAACUUGGUUUUAUAUUGUAACCUGUCCCUUGCCUUUAAAAUAGGAAAAGAUACAAAUCAAAAUGAAUUAGUUUUAUCCAUGUAGGACUUUAGGGGAAAGAUAUGGCUGGACUAAAUAGUGGUAUCUUCUGAUUUCCUUAGCUUCCACUCUUUCCAGCAUCCCACUAAAGCCACUCUAAAGCAAGAACAUCCACUAACAAAGAAAGGAGGAGUCUCUUCCAUGCUAGCAAAUACUACUGAUACACAAACCUCAGUUUGGAAAACUCCAGCAUCACCAAUCAUAUCUUCUCUGCUGACACAGGUGCCCUAAUCUGUCACCCACUUAGCAGCGUGCUUUGAUCAAAAAGUCUACACAACUCCCCUCCACCCAUGAAGACACCAUUCUCUCUUACACAAGGCAGCUCCUCCAUCCAGGUUGACACCUGUGAUCAACUUGCUAUCCUGUGAUACUGCUAUCCAUGAAUCAUAGCUAUCUUGCCUCACCUUCUCCCAAAUUUAAUGUUUAAUGUCCCAACUUUACCCAGCUGCUCCUAUCAAAUUGGCCGACUGUGGUUACAAAUCUUUUUCCUGGUGUAAUAUUUUCAGCUCAACCAACAAAAUAGUACAGUCCAAAAAAGCUGUGUCAGGCAUAAAGCCUAUUUUGAGGGACUUCAAAUAGCCAGGGCCCUUAGGCUGUGCCUCAGGGCAUGGUUUAAAGGCACAUGAUCUAGCCACCAGCUAAGGUUUGGGAUUGGUUAGUGCCUGAAUGGGAGACCACCUGAGAAUCCAUUUGUAUCAAGAUGCAGGAGGCUAAUGAACUUCUAUUCCAGCUUGUAUGGUUGCCAUCUGAUUAGAUUAGAAUCCAGCCAACAAGGUGAAAUUUAAUUGCUAGAAGCUGGGUCUGGAUGGUGGAAACCAUUCUGACUGAGACUUCUGUGUGAAACAAAACAAAGUACAAUUUACAUGAAAUAGCACUUUAACUAUAAUAUAUAUCUUCUAUAUGUAUGGAAGGGGAAAGGAAGAUUCAAUCUUUUUCUUUUCUGUUUUCUUUUUCUUUUUCUUUUUUUGGAGCUGUAGGGAAAAUAAAAUAGCAGCUGUAUAUCAAAUUAUUUUGAGAUGUUUUUGUUGUGGUUAUUUCAAUAGUGAGCUAAUUGGUCAAAGUGCAGGGGAGGUAGUCAAAUGGGUGAAAAUAGAACGAGCAGCUUUAUUUACUGUAUUGCUUGCAUCACCAUGGCUCAUGGGACUAACUGGAAGUGGUUCUCCUAAAACCGUAACAGGUGGCUAAACACUCCUGACUGUUUAUAUAUACACACACACACACAGAUCAUACACUUUCCUUACAUUUAUCACAUGUGCUGCCUUUGUUUAGAAGAAAAAUGCAAGAUCUGGUGGACAGAGGCGUAACUAUAGGGGGGGCAGGGGGGGCACGUGCCCCAGGCGCCAUCUUUUUUGGUCACAUGGGGGCGCCGCCAUGACAAAUUUUUAAAAAAAAUUUUUUUUUAAUUUUUUGUUAAUACAAAUGUUUCCUGCUCAGUGCAGCAGCGCUGCAGCAGUCAAGGGAGCGCGUCGGCGCCCCCUCCCCCACGAGCGGUCCCUUCCGCGCCGCCCGCGCCCCCCCUUGCUUUGCUGGCGCCUGGCGGCCAGUCAGUGGCCUGGCUUGGCGGCGGGCGCUUGUGAGGAAAAACCUAAGUAUAAUAUAGUAUGUUGGGGGCACGGGGGGGCGCCAUUUCAAUGCUUGCCCCGGGCACCGUUUUCCCUAGUUACGCCUCUGCUGGUGGAAACAUUCAGGUUUGCAAGUAGUGGCUGAUAUACCAUGCAAUUCAUUAACCCAAUAAAGUAAAAUUGUGCUAUCUAACAUAUUUUUAUACCACCCAAAACUCAGGUCUCUGGGCAGUUUGUGUAACAAAUGUUGUUACACAAGAGUAAGCCUAUUAUUUCCAAUUAGCUUACAUUUGCGCAACUUGCGUACACACAAUGUUACUUGGGUGGUGUACUCUUGCAUAUUGUGUCAGCCACUGAUACAGUUCCUGAUGCACAUGUAACAUCAAGGCCCUGCUAUGUGUGUCUUCCGGAUAAGCUCCAGAAAUGUUCUCCCAAGUAGCUUUAUAUUAACUCAAACGUCUUGCUGCAGAACCAUACUUAAUACAGAAAUACUUAACAUGUAGCAUGUUGUAAGAGCCAAUUCUCACAUUACAUUUUUUAAGCUUUGUAGACAGAUAUUUGCAUAUCUAGAAAAAAAUAUAAAGUGGGAAGCUAUAGCACAUGGGUUUCUGUCAGAUGUGUGGUUCUCCCAGUUGAACGUAUUGAGUCGACAUAUACAAGUAAGGAAAUGUGUUCCUAAUUGUAAUACAUUAAGAAGCCAUUUGCUGGGUUGGGUGAGGACACCAGCUAUGUAUCACAGUUCCUUUACCCAAAUAUAAUCAGUAGUUUGGAAUAAAUAACAAAAAUUGUGUCCUCUACAUGCUGACCAAUUUUUUGCCUUCACAAAUUAAUAAUAUAAGAAGAGCCCUCCUGGUUCAGGCCAAGAGUCCAUCAAGUCUGGGUUCUUUAAUAAGUUUUUUAUAUUCACCACACAGCCCAACCUUUGAACUGAGAAGGCCAUGUUGCAUGGAAGAUACUGCCUGCUAACAAAAUGUCAGUGCAUAAAGUGCAAUAAGCUGCCCGUCCAAGCAAGAGAGGUGCCUGUUGCUUGCAAGCCACUGUACAGUCUGCUUGUGCUGCUUCUGAAGGCAGGGCUGCUCUGUGCCUACUAAGAACUGUAUCAUCACAGGUGUGAUGCUGCUACUACUGGGAAUGAUGGGAGUAGCGUCACAACUGAGAUGGUGCACAUCUUAGGUUCAGAGCAUCUUUGGACUUAAUAUAUCUGCCCUGCUCUGAAAGAAAGUGGAGGCUGGGUAAUGUUUUUUUUUAAAGUAUUUUAAAUACCUCACUACUACCUGAUUAAACAGCCUAAAAUGCAGUAAAUGCUGGUUUUAGUUUAUAGGUGGUUUGUUUCCCAAGUCUUAUGUUUGCCAACUAGUUACCACUCAGCUGCCGGGGUGGGUGAGGGGUAAUGAUCUUUUUCUGGAUCUCUGUAGAAAGUGAAACAUCCCCCCCACCCCCAGUUCAAAUAAUCAGUGACUUCUCUUAGCAUGCUCUGUAUACUAAUAGCAUAAACACACACGAUUGUUUUCCUGCAUGGACUCAGAAAACAUUCUUUACUGCAUUUUAGAAGCCUAAUUGCAGGGUGAGAAGUUAUAGUGUCUCUCUGUUUUGUUUGCUAAACUCCUUCCUUAUCUUUCUGCGUCAAAUACACUUUCAGGAAUGGAUUGAAUGUGCCUGCCUCCCCAGUUGCUCCCCCCACCCCCGCUCCAGCCAAUGAGUUCAUUUUGCUUGAAGCCUUUCACUGGCAGGACUUUGGUCCUCCACCCAUCUUCAGACAUUUCUGCCAGGUGAAGAAGGAUUCACUGAGGAAAAAAUACAGAGCUGGUAGCUGCAAGGAUGUUGAUGAUAUCUCAGACAGGUUUUUUAAAUCAAUUUGAAGAGAACCAUCUGAAAACAGAACCAAGCCAAAGGAGUUUAGCUACCAGAUCUUCAUUUCUUGCCGCUAUUGCUUUGGCAAUUUGCUAACUAACGGGAGUGCUUCUUUCCUCCUUGCUUGGUGUUACCUCUUGUAGAUUCAGCAUAGAGGGUGUAUGCAAGCCAGUCUUGAAGCCCAUGUUCUCAUCUUUGUUUCCGAAGUAAGAUGCCCUCUGUUGUGUAUGCAGUGCUGCACGCCCUCUUGAGUUUCUUCAUCCCUUCUGCCAACCUGUUGGUGAUCCUGGUCAUCUGCCAGCUGAGGAAGAAGAAACCGUGCAGAAACUAUGUCUUCAUGCUUAACCUGGCCGCCGCUGAUCUGUUAGUUGGUGUGAUGUGUGUCGGGGAAACUGUGGAUGAUGUAUAUGACAUUUUUUACGCGGAUGCAUUUAGUUGCCUCAUACGGGUCUGCAUGAGCAUUACUCCUUGCAUUGCCUCCAUUCUCACCUUGCUCUUGGUUUCUCUGGACAGGUACUUGUCAGUGAAGCUGCCCCUGUACUACCCGACUCUCAUGAGCAAGAAACCAAUAGUUUUUUCCCUUGUCGUUCUGUGGACUGUUUCCUUCCUGGUGGGGCACAUGCCACUUAUUUCCGUAUCCCUGCAGGUGAAAUAUUUGAAUGGUACCUGUGGGAUGCUGUCUGUCACCAAAAGUGACUACCUGUUCAUAAUAUGCUUUGGCAUCUUCAUCCCUGCCUUGCUGACCUUGGUCUGUUUACAUGUCUCAGUGGGAAGGAUUGCAUACCUGCAGUACAGACGGAUCCAGCACACCUGCCUGUGCAUUGAUACCCCCAUUGCUCACCUCCGACAUUUCAAAGCCCUGAGGACAGUCCUUGUUGUGAUCAUCUGCUUCACCCUUUUCUGGGGGCCUUAUUAUGUGGCAGCCAUUGUGAAAGCUAUCUGUGACUCCUGCACUCAGACCCUGGAGCUGAGAGAUUUAUUAUUUCUUCUAGGAGAAACCAAUUCCCUGAUAAAUCCUUUGAUCUAUUCACUAUACAGCAAGGAUAUAAGAACCCAGUUUUCCAGGCUGAUGAAGUUCAAGAUAAAAGGACAAAUAAAGCCAUACAGAACUAAUGAUCUGGUUCAAGCCCAUUUCAACAUCGGAACCCAAAGUGCCUUAACCUCUGGAAGAUCCACCAGACAAGAUUCAGCUGGGGAUCAGGCUUCUAACUCUUUUCCUUUAAACAACUCUGCAGGUUGCAGAACAGUAUUCUCAGUUUUUUGAUCCAGGGCAGAAGAGGUGAAAUCCAGCCUAAAGCAAGUGAAAAGGUUUUUUGUGCAAUGAUAAUCAGAAAAGAGGCAAUGUAGAAAGUCUGGGUCUGUCACCAAACUUUGUGAACCACGAUUUGGCUUGCCUGUACUAUCUCCUGUCCUCUUGGGCAAACAAACCAUGCUUUGGUUUUGCAAAAAGGUGGGUAAAAUAUGUAAAUAGCGGUGGCAGUAGAGUGCUUUAUAAUGGACCUCAUAUACUUCUUUGUUUGCUCAAGGUAAUGUUCAUACAUGUCUUUUUGAAACUCUGUUGAACAGUUAUAGCCAUAAAAGGAUAAUUUUGUGCACAUGUUUUCAACACCAUUUAAGGGCUAAAACUGUUGGGUUUUUUUAGUUUCUAUGACAGUCCUGUUCUUCUUCAGCAAGCAACUGAAUCAGAAGUUUCUAAACCUCUUCCCAAUAGAAAGGAAGUGUGUGUGUGUGUGGGGGGGUGCUUCAAGGUCAUUGUCCAAUUUUGGUUCAUUGUCUUAUGCCUGAUGUGAAUCCAACAAGGGGGGUGGGGGAGAGAGAAGAAGCUGAUGGCUUCUUGCCCUGCUUGUAGAUUUGCCAGAAGCAUCUGACUGGCCAAGGUGAGAAAAUGAAUGCUGAAUGAGAUGGACAUUUGUUCUGAUCCAGCAUGGGCUCUAGUAUUCUUUCAUUUUCAACCUCCCAUCAGCAACAUACGGUUAUUGGCUCACAUUCCACCAUUCUAAGGAAGAUGCCCGCUUGUAGUAGCGUUCUGCUCAAAAACAUGGUGCUGCCAGUGCUUGCAUACACAGUGCAGCCUCUGUGGCUCUGAUGCACAUUGUGGGAGCAACAGAGCUUCCAUUGGGAAUCAUGGAACUCCUGCUAUUGUGCUGUGCUUUGGAGCCAUGGAGGCUGCUGUGUUUGUGCAAGUGGCAGCAGCAUGUUUUUUAGGAGAACACCACUGUUAGACUGACGGACUAUAUAGUAUAUGAGCAAUUAAUACUAGCCUCGCUUACAGGUUUUUAAAAGUAUUGCUGGCUACCAAACUGGGCGCACAUGGACUAGGAGCACAAACUGAGCUGCACAGCUACUUUGGAGGACCAGAACUAGUUGCACCACCAGCAGUGUGCAGUGGGAAAGACAAAUUUUGAGGUUCCUACUUUCUCUUCAGAGUGCCUUAUAGUUGGUAGAAAUACAACCCUGAGGGUGUUGUAGCUCUCGGGGACAUGCUUCCACAUUACAGAAUUCUUCUGUGGCAAGGGUUGACCCUGUGUUCUGCUGUGCCUGCUGCAUUGUCAUUUAUUCAUUUUUAAAAUAUUUUAUAUGAUUUAAUUGAUGGUUUGCUUGGUUUUUAUAUUGUUAGCUGCUCUGAGUGUGGACAUUUUUAAAUAAAAUGAAAUGAGUAAAUAACACAUAAGAUGUGAAGAUGUUGACUUAAACAAGCAAACACAGCUUCAGUUUCUACAAAUUGCUCUUCAAUUAUACAUUGUACCCACACAUAUUUGGCCCUCUUCUGGGUAGCAUAUUUUGUGCCUCUCUACUGCUUUGCCUCUGUAAGAUUUAUAUUAGCUUAUUCUACCAAUAUAGGUUCCACAUGUUGCCCAAAUAAUGAGGUGGGAGGAGAGAGAGCUAGUGAGGACAUCCACAGUCAAAAACUGUG